GUAGGUAUAUAAACACCACCAUCUCCGGAGCCCCAAAUAAUUUGCUUCAUUUCCUGGCGGGAAAUUCCCAAAUCUCACACACUACACAAACACACACUCAAGAUCACAACGCCAUGGAAGACGAACCCGAUGUUCCUGAACCACUCGUUCGCCGCUCGAAAAGGAAUAGGGUUCAGACGAGGACUUUCGAUGGGUUAGUAAGUGAUAUUAGAGACAUUGUCGAGUCUGAGGAGGAGUCUGCAGAUGAAUUCGUCGAACCUCGUCGGAAACCUACCCGAACUCGAACUGUGGAAGCAGCUCCUUCUACUACGGCAUCGAAAGCUUUUGAUCAAAAUUUAAUCGAGGUCGUUAAAAGCAAUGGGAAAUUCAUUCCACAAGUGGUUAAAUCAUGGGUCGAGCGAUAUGAGAAGGAUCCGAAGCCUGCAAUGGUUGAACUCUUAACAAUGCUGUUUGAGGCUUGUGGAGCUACAUAUCACAUCCAAGGAGAAUUCUUGGACGAAACUAAUGUUGAUGAUGUUGUAGUUGCUCUUGUAAAUCUGGCUGCACAAGGCAGAGUUGAAGACUAUCAAAAUUCAAAAAAGAAGGAAUUCAGAAGUUUUAAGGAGAACCUUGUCUCAUUCUGGGAUAAUCUGGUAUCAGAGUGCCAAAAUGGACCAUUGUUUGAUCAAGUCUUGUUUGACAAGUGCAUGGACUAUGUUAUUGCUUUGUCAUGUACUCCUCCGAGAGUUUAUCGCCAUGUUGCUUCCAUGGUGGGGCUCCAGAUGGUGACCUCCUUCAUAGGGGCUGCCAAGAUACUUGCUGCCCAUCGCCAGACUACCCAAAGGCAAUUAACUGCUGAGAAGAAGAAAAACUCUGAGGGGCCUCAUAUUGACUCACUUAAUAAGAGGCUUUCAGAGAUGCAUGAAAAGAUAACAAUGAUAGAGGAGAUGAUGCGCAAAAUAUUUACAGGGUUGUUUGUGCAUCGUUAUCGAGACAUUGAUCCUGAAAUCCGCAUGUCAUGCAUACAAUCGCUUGGAACAUGGAUCAUCUCAUACCCAUCACUGUUCUUGCAGGAUUUGUACUUGAAGUAUCUUGGAUGGACACUGAACGACAAAAAUGCUGGUGUUAGGAAAGCUUCAGUCCUUGCAUUGCAAAAUCUGUAUGAUGUGGAUGACAAUGUGCCAUCUCUUGGAUUGUUUACUGAGCGAUUUUAUAAAAGGAUGCUGGAUCUUGCUGAUGAUCUUGAUCUGUCUGUUGCAGUGUGUGCCAUCAGUCUUGUAAAACAACUAUUGAGGCAUCAGUUGGUUCCGGAUGACGAUUUAGGGUCAUUAUAUGAUUUAUUAAUCGAUGAUCCUCCCGAAAUCAGGCAUGCCAUUGGGGCGCUUGUGUAUGAUCAUGUUGUUGCCCAGAAGUUCAACAACUCACAGUCCCGUUCAUCAGGGGAUGAAGGCGAUUCAUGGGAGAUGUCUAUGUCAUCAUGGGAAAUGAUUGACAGCAAUAGGAAGGAUAUAACCGUUGCUAUGAUGAAGAACUACGCACCACUUAUGCGCAAAUAUAUGACUGACAAAACGAAAGUCCCUUCACUUGUUGAAAUUAUUGUUCACAUGAAUCUUGAACUUUACUCACUGAAGAGACAGGAACAGGGUUUUAAAACGGUUCUUGACCUGAUAAUAGAGACAUUCUUUAAACAUGGUGACAAAGAUGCUCUCAGAUCUUGUGUUAAAUCUAUCAACUUCUGCACAACUGGAAGCCGGGGUGAGCUACAAGAUUUUGCUCAAAAUAAACUGAAGAAGCUUGAGGAGGAGCUUAUUGUUAAACUUAAAGCUGCAAUAAAAGAAGUAGCGGAUGGUGAUGAUGAGUACUCACUUCUUGUAAACAUGAAGAGAUUAUACGAGCUGCAAUUGUUAAGGCCUGUACCAAUUGAAAGUCUGUAUGAUGAUAUCGCUAUGGUUCUAAAAAAUUUCCGCCACAUAGAUGAUGAGGUUGUCAGCUUUCUGCUUCUCAACAUGUAUAUACAUGUUGCCUGGUGUUUGUGCUCGAUUAUGAACAGCAAAGUUGUCUCUGAGGAAUCAUUGUCUUCUCUGGUAUCCAAACGGAACAUUCUAUUUAAUGAGCUUGAUUACUUUUUGCAAAACCCACCUGAAGCUCAAGGAAAGGGAACUUCUAGAAACCUCAUUGCUAGUAGGGUCUGUACAAUACUUGCAGAAUCGUGGUGUUUGUUCAGAAAGCCGCUCUUUGAAGCAACACAUCUGGAAAGUUUAGGAUACUGUCCUGAUAUCUCUACCAUUAGAAGAUUCUGGAAGCUUUGUGAGCAGCAGUUUGAUGUUUCAGAUGAGACGGAAGAUGAAGAAGCUAACAAAGAGUAUGUGGAAGAGACGAAUCGAGAUUCUAUUAUGAUUGCAGCUUCCAAGCUAGUUGCAACCGAAGCUGUUCCCAAGGAGUAUUUGCAGGAGCAUCUUGCCCCGGAUAUUAUUUCUCAUUAUGUAAUGCAUGGGCCAGGUGUGGCUGAAGUAGUAAAAAGUCUGAUUAUUUCUCUUAGAAAAAAGAACGAAGAUGUGUCUGAUAUAUUUCUCGGGGCACUCAAACAGGCAUAUGGGAGGUAUCUGAGUACGGCCGACAAUGAGUCAUUGUCUGCCCAGAGGUUCAAAGAAUGUAAAGAUCUGUCUGCUCGGCUUUCUGGUUUCUUUGUUGGUGCAGCCGCACGCAUGAAAUACAGAGGGGUCAUAUUAAAAAUCAUGCACAAUGGAAUCAAUCUUGCCUUCAUGGAUCGUCCAUGGCGUUUUCCUUUUUUAAUGGCUGCUAUUAUAAAUUUUGCAUCCAGGCUUGCUAAGUCUGAUAAUCUUGCCAUUAUAAAGGAUCUUGAGGAUCGAACAAGAGGUGAAAACAUGGAUCAAGAUCCAAGUGGGUGGGCCCCAUUCAAGGCAUUUAUGGCCAGCCUACAUGAGAAAUGUUUGAGAAAUGAAGAUGAAAAAGAGGUGAGUACUGUUAAACGUGGGCGGGGGAGGCCACGUAAGAAACCACCAUUGAUGGAGGGGAAGAAACUGUUUGCUGACAACACCUCAAGUGAAGACGAGGAUUCCAUAGAUGAAGAAGAAAAUCAAAUGGAUGAAGAUGACGAGGUGCCUAUGAUACAUUCCAUCAGAGCAUCUGCUAAACUCAGGGCACUUAGACUUGCAAACAAAGGACACGAUCUGCCUGCUUCUGCAUCAAAGACGUAAAGUAAAAGUUACCUACUACCUUUAACCAGGGAGAGGAAGCACCAAGUGGAGGGGCUUAAUGUCGUUUAUUAGGUGUAGACGAUAGGGAAUAUGUAGAUUGUUGUUUUAUCAUCCUCAUGUGUGUGUGUGUGUGUAAUUUUAUGCACAAAGCAUGUGUUUACAGAGAAGGGAAGGCAAGGGGAGGGGUUACUUAGUUUUGUAUGUUUUCAUUUCUGCAGUAGAUGCUUAUUUUGUUCAGGUCAGUCAGCCUUGUAACAUUUGAUAUCUUUAAAACGUAUCUCGUUGGUGCUGAAACACAUAUGUAUGUAGUAGUUUCAACAUUUAAUUAGUUAUUUCAUCAAA